UUAAUUUUGCAAUUAAAAAAAUAUACUUUGGCACAAAAUUAUAUCUCUUUGAGUAUAAAAAUACAAAACUUAAAGAUGUGAAUGAAUACUACACACUCAUAAAAUUUUACUAAGGUUACGUUCCAUUUCACGCAUAAUGCGCAUAGCACAUUAUUUUAUCCCUCUAAUUCUCCAAAUGUUAAACAAGGAUAAAAUAGUACAUCAUGCGCAUCAUGUGUGAAACGGAAAGUAGCCUAAAAUCGGUGAGGCAUUUUUCAAGAGUUACGUAUAUGUAUUAGUGUUAAGUCAAUGAACUGUAAAUUGUUGUAACCCAUGCUCAAAGGCUGCGCCAAAAAAGCGCAUGUAGAAAGAAAGAAAUAAUUCAUGAAUAAUCUUCCUUUCUUUGUCUAACUGAUUUGUGAUUGGUUAAAGAUAUUCUCCCUUCUCUUCCGAAGAUUCUCUUUGUAAGUCCUAUAGGAAGAAAAGAGGCAAUUACGGGACGAGAGAGAGGGCAAAGAAGAACCUUCGGAAGAGAAAGGAAAAUAUUUAUAACCAAUCACAAAUCAGUUAGACAAAGAGAGGAAGAUUAUUCGUGAAUUAUUUCCUUCUUUCUACAUGCGCUAUUUUCGGCGCAGCCUUGAGCAUGGGUUAGAACAGAAUAUACAGUUCAUUGACUUGUAAUAUACAUAACACCAGCGCAUAUACGAACAUAAAAAAUUAUAAGUAUAGAGACAUAGUGUCGUACAGUAUUCUCAGUGAUGAAGUUGCUCGCGACCCAAGCAUAUCUCUUUGUAUAAAGUCUAUAAAAUUUAUAACAAUUUCUAAUAAACUAAAUAGCAGCUUGAAGAACAACAAUUGAAAAAGUGCAGUGACGUGGUUAAUACUUUUACCUUCGUCUGUGAGCGAUAUUAAUCUUAACAUAACAGUACAAAGUGUGGAUAUUGUUUUCAUCAAUCAAAAGCAAAUAUUACCAGUAAUCAGAAGCAAUUAUAAUCAAGAAAGUUGUGUUCGUCUAUAAAUAAUCCAGAGAUUUCUUUCAAAAUGGAAUUGUCUACUUUACUUAUGACUAUUCUGGCAGCGGGUGUUUGCUUAUACUAUUUCGUUCUAAGCAAGUUAAUUUAUUUUGAGAGACUAAAGAUCCGGUAUGUGCAACCGAUUCCAUUGUUGGGCAACAUGGCACAAGUCAUUUUUCGACGUAUAUCUAUGGCGGAGCAUAUACAAAAUAUUUACAAUCGCUUUCCAGACGAAAAAUACGUUGGAUUCUACGAUUUUACCAGGCCUACCUUUAUUAUUCGAGAUCCAGAGAUAAUUUCAAUGAUUGCCAUCAAACAUUUUGAUAACUUCUGCAACCACAGUAGCGUCGUGAACGAAUCUCUCGAUCCGAUAGCCAGUAGAAAUCUGGUCAGCUUGCAAGGACACCGUUGGCGCAAAAUGCGAAGGCUUCUCACCCCUACUUUUACAUCCGGCAAAAUAAAGAUGAUGUUUGGACUUAUGAGUGAAUGUGCCGAAAACUUGAUUAAUUUUGUAAUAACGGAAUCUGGGAAAACUGGCAAGACGUUUGAUAUAAAUGAUUUAUUCUUCAGAUACGCCAACGAUACGGUGGCUACGUGCGCUUUUGGCAUCAGUGUGGAUUCUUUUAAGCAUCCAGAAAACACAUUCUUUAUGAUUGGUAAAGAAGGAAUGACGUUUAAUGCAUGGAAAUACUUCAAAUUUUUUAUGAACAGAAAUUUCCCGCUAUUUGCAAAACUUUUGAAGUUGAGACUGAUUGGAUCAAAGAUAGAAAAUUUUUUUAAAGACAUCGUUACUAAUGUUGUAAAGGUCAGAGAUGAGCAGGGAAUUGUUCGCCCGGACAUGAUUCAGUUAAUGAUAAAGACCAGGAACAAAGACAGCGGACCCGAAUUCGAUAUCGACGAGAUGACUGCACAGGCGUUUGUUUUCUUUAUCGCCGGAUUUGAUUCUGUAGCAACAGCCAUGUGUUUUAUGGCGCAUGAAAUUGGUAUCAAUCCCGAUGUUCAAAAGAAAUUGAGAGAGGAAAUCAAUGACGUCCUUAAAUGGACCGAUGGAAAACCAACGUACGAAGCUAUUAAUCAUAUGAAGUAUUUGGAUGCUGUGGUAAAUGAAACUCUCAGACUGUAUCAAGGACCAGCUUUUAUUGACAGAAUAUGUGUCACUGAAACCAAAUUGCCACCAGCAACUCCGGAUGGCGAACCGAUUACUAUAAAGCCAGGAGAUGCUGUAUGGUUCCCGGGUUUUUCACUCCAUCGUGAUCCAAAAUACUACCCGCAUCCAGACAAGUUCGAUCCAGAAAGAUUCAUGGACAAUAGUGUGGACAAGUCGGUUUAUAUGCCAUUUGGUAUUGGGCCUAGAAUUUGCAUUGCUAAUAGAUUUGCUCUAAUGGAAGCAAAAGUUAUGCUGUUUUAUCUACUUUGGAAAUGCGAUCUCGAACCCGAUGUUAAAACCAAAAUUCCUCUGAUGAUUAGCAAGACAUCAUUCACCAUAACAGCAGAAGAAGGCUUCUGGUUAAAGUUACGUGCAAGGAAUUCGAAGGCUCCUGUUGUAUGUUUAUCUAAUGGACAUAAAAAUGAAUAUCAAUGAUUGAGAUUAUGCCCGCAUUUGGAGAAGUUCAAUUCAGAAAGAUUUUUAACGGCAAUGUGAACAAGUCGCUGUAUAUGCUAUUUGAUCUUGGAUCAAGGAUCAGCAUCGAUAAUAGGUUUGCCUUAAUGGAAGAAGUCAUGGUUUUCUAUCUACUUUGUCGUUGUGAUCUUGAAUCCAACGUCAAAACUAGAGCUGCUAUGGCGUUUCACAAGAGAACUUUCACUAUGUUACCAAAUGGAGACUUCUUGUUACGUGCGAAGAAUUUGAAAGUUCAUAUUACAAAUUAAUGUUUAUUUAACGGACAUAAAAUUGUGGAACAGUAAUGUAGUAUAUUUAUAUAAUUUAUUUUAGGCGUAGAAUUUUAUACGUAAAAUUAAUUUUUCAAAAUAUAUUUAUGCAAAUUUAUUUUUUU